AGCAGGCGAGGUUUUAUCACGUGACGCUUAUAGCGCCAGUAACAUUCAGAUGUGACGCACCAACCCAAGUCAGGGACAUCAUCUUGCAGCGUAGGACUCGCAGCCAGAUUUGAAUGGCAUCCCUUUCGACGGGCGAAAUGGAACAGGAUAUUAAUGAAAGCAGUAUGGUCAAACCAUCUAAAAGGAAGGAAGUGUCUAGUCCAAUUUAUGUUGGUAGAGAAGAUGAUAUUAAAAAGCGCCAGAGAAAAACAGCCAUUGUCCACGACAGACAAGUUGUUAUUUUCUACCAUGGUGAACACUUUUAUGCUCUGGAUUGCCGCUGUUACCAUGCAGGAGGUCCCUUAGAUCUUGGUGAAAUAGAGGACAUCAAUGGACAACCAUGCAUUAUUUGUCCUUUUCAUAAGUAUAAAAUAACUCUGAAUACAGGUGAAGGAUUGUAUCAAGCAAUAAAUCCCAAAGAACCAUCUGCAGUACCCAAGUGGAAAUCAAAAGGAGUAAAACAAAGGACUCACAGAGUCACCGUGGACAAUGGAAAUGUUUAUGUGACUCUUUCAGAUUUAUUGGAGUAUAAAGAGUCUGACUACUAUGCUUAAAAAUACAAAGCUUAAUGCAUUGUAAGCCGCCCUGAGUCUCCGGAGAAGGGCGGCAUAUAAAUCAAAUUAAAAAAAAAAAAAAGCAGAAAAAAGUGCAGAAAAAUAACAUUUUUAAAUAACAUUUUGCUUCAUAGGAACUUGAAUGAAAAAAAACUGUUGAAUAUAGGUAGGCCUCUUACAACUACAAUUGAGCUCAACAUUUCUGUUGCUAAGUGAGACAUUUGUUAAGUGAGUUUUGCCCCAUUUUACAACCUUUCUUGUCACAGUUGUUAAGUGAAUCACUGCAGUUGUGAGGUUAGUAAAACAACUGUUAAGUGAAUCUGGCUUCUCCAUUGACUUUGCUUGUUAGAAGGUUGCAAAAAGUGAACCAGCUGCCAAACAUCCGAAUGUAAAAAACGUGACCAUGGGGAUGUUGAAAUGCUCAUCAGUGUGAAAAACGGUCAUAAAUCACUUUUUUCAGUGCUGUAACUUCGAAUAGUCACUAAAUGAUCUGUGGCAAGUCAAGGACUACCUGUAUACAUUCUGGUCUUGUUAUCGAAAAGGCAUUCUGUUUCCUUGUGACACAUUCAGUUCACACCCCCACUGGCAGUUAAAAGGAAGAAACAGGUGCGAUCACACACAUUGCUCCUAGAAGCACGAAGCUGAAGACACCAGCCUGAAGAUGACGAAUGAGACUUCGUCGAAACGUUGCCAAGAAACCUCCAAUUUUACGCGGCAGAAAACCCGAAUAACCAAAGACCUACAUACAAAUACCCGCGAAAACCUCAGAAAACAUAUAUAUAUAU